UACCCAGGUAGACAGCUAUUAUGUGUCUCAUUACCGAAAUUAUGUUCCCGCCGAACAGCACUACAACACUGUUCGCGGUGGUAAUAGUACUAGCGGGUGGUAUACCACUCACCGAGCAGUACUUUUACAACGGCAUCAAGUCCGGUCUGGAGCCCGAUCUGAAGCAUUCGCUUUUUCUCGAUCGAAUCGGCCAGUGUCGUUGGCACCCCGAUUUGGCCAUUUUUCUCGCCGAUAUGCGGAUCGUACAGCGAAACCACACACAUUACGUGCUGAGCGGUGUGCUGCGGGUACGGCGUAACAUUACACAAGCUACGACGGGCACCGUAUCGAUCGAGAUCUGUCAGAACACGACACACUGUAGGCCUUUUGUGGAUCCACCGGUUAACGUUGGAGAUGUGUGUAGGUUUCUUGACGAGCAGCGCAACAGUUCGUUGGGAGAUGUGCUAGGCCGCAGUGUACCACCGUUGGAGUGUCCCUUUACCAAGGGAGUGCAUAGAAUCAACGACGCACUGGUGGACUAUAAACCGUUCCGGUACUUUUCACCGCAUGUUAGCAAAUUUUGGCGCAUCGAUUUUGUGGGCGAGAGCGAUCGCAAGCGGGUGCUUUGCAUGAGGAUCGAACUGUUCGUCUACAGCUGGGAGGAUAUGCUUCCAAGGUACUGACAUGUUGAGUCUUUGCAGUGUCUUUUUUAUCAGUGUGUAAUAAACAUAUACUUGCUGUAAUUUUUUUCGCUAUGGGGAUUUUUUUUGUAUCUGAUAUUCAUGUUCAUGUGACAUCUUAUGACGCGAGCGUUAACGUUUAUUAAACUUAACAAUAUACCCUAUUUGGUCCGGUGAUCAAGACUAUUAUGGGUGACGUUCUGUGACAAAGACUCUCGUUAGAGCUGGGUCCUUAAAUUGAACGAGCCCAAUUGGAACGCGAGAUCUUUUGCACGAGACAACAUAAACGAAGUCUGUUUAGCGAGGUUCCCUUCUUAGAGGCGUCCUCGUUCCUUGGCAUGACAGGGGCUUUAUCAAAUUUCAUUAAAUUAUUCUCCGGUACGCAGGACUGACUAUCCAACAGAUAAAAUCAAGGAGAUCCAGAAUUGAAGUGGGCCACCGCCAAGCGAUAUUGGCCCACUGCAACAUUACUAUAAAUUGCUGACGAUCGAGGGCCGUUCUAAGCUUAUCAGUAGGCAAUAUUGAAGCAAACGUGCAGCUCUAGAACUAGCAAUUACAGUGACUCUUACACUGUUCUUCACAUACGGACUCGAAAGGUUUGGCUCGCAUCGGAAGGUCCUUCGCAUGCCAGGAUGUAACAUUAACUUUCAGAA